AUGGGAAACAAAAUCUUCCAUGGAAUGCCCAUCCAUCUGGAUUUGAUAUCAGAUUUACAGCUGGCUUCAAGCCAUUCACUAAUCGAUAUGGGAAAGAAAUGGAUUCGUAUAGUCAAUGCCGAAAUUGAGCCACAGCCACAGGACCCAUCACAUGGGUCAUUAGGGCCUAAUCAAUCACAAGACACACUACCUCUUGAUCAAUCACUUGGCCCAUCAGCUAAUCGAUCAAGUGCCCUAUUAGUGCCUCAACCUCAAGCAGAUGAUAAUUCAGAUGAGGAAUCUACAAAUAUAGAAGUUCAAAUUACAGAUCGUGCAGGUGUACGUAGCACACGUGGGAUAACACGUAUGUCUGAGACAUGGAAUUUAACUGAUGGGAAAAAGGUUGAGUUGUCUUUUAAUGGUUGUUUUCAGCUAGUUGAACGUGAAGGUAUUAUUUUUAAUCGAUUUGUGGGCACUGUUGCAAGAAAGCCAAAUUUUUGUCCAAUUAAUUAUCUUAAUUGGCGUAAAGUACCUAAUGACUACAAAGAAAAAUGUUGGACUAUUAUUGAGUGGAGGAAUUGGAAGUGCGCCUUGAAAGCAAAGCAUUAUGAUGAGUCAAAAACUGCAGCAAGGAUAGUAGCUGAGGCCCCAAGUAUAGUGAAUCGCCAAGAUUUUGCUACACUUGUAAACUUUUGGUUAAGUAGAGAUGGACUGGUAUAA